GCCGCCCUUUGCUGCGCUCUGCCUCCGACCGCAGCUGAUCGCUCCCCGGAGCCCGCGGCAUGGCGCGCGGCAGGAUCUCCAGCCUCUGGGUCCGGGACGUGCGCUUCCCUACGUCGCUUGGGGGCCACGGCUCGGACGCCAUGCAUACGGACCCUGACUACUCAGCUGCCUACGUUGUCCUAGAGACUGAUGCAGGAGAUGGACUCAAGGGAUAUGGAAUUACCUUCACUCUGGGAAAAGGCACUGAAGUUGUUGUCUGUGCUGUGAAUGCCCUGGCCCACCAUGUGCUUCACAAGGACCUCAAGGACAUCGUCAGUGACUUCAGAAGCUUCUACAGGCAGCUCACAAGUGAUGGGCAGCUCAGAUGGAUUGGUCCAGAGAAAGGUGUGGUGCACCUGGCAACAGCAGCCGUUCUGAAUGCGGUGUGGGACCUGUGGGCUAAGCAGGAGGGAAAGCCUCUGUGGAAGUUACUUGUAGAUAUGGAUCCCAGAACGCUAUUAUCCUGCAUCGAUUUCAGGUAUAUCACUGACGUGCUGACUGAGGAGGAUGCCUUCGAAAUACUGAAGAAAGGUCAAGUUGGUAAAAAAGAAAGAGAAGAACAAAUGCUGAUGCAUGGCUACCCUGCCUACACCACAUCAUGUGCCUGGCUGGGGUACUCAGAUGACACACUGAAGCAGCUCUGUGCCGCAGCACUAAAGGAUGGCUGGACCAGGUUUAAAGUAAAGGUCGGGGCUGAUCUCCAGGAUGAUGUGCGCCGAUGCCGCCUCGUCAGAGACAUGAUUGGACCAGAGAAGACUUUGAUGAUGGAUGCCAACCAGCGCUGGGACGUGCCCGAGGCAGUGGAGUGGAUGUCAAAGCUGGCUGAGUUCAAGCCAUUGUGGAUUGAAGAGCCAACCUCCCCUGAUGACAUCCUAGGGCAUGCUGCUAUUUCCAAGGCACUGGUCCCAUUAGGAAUUGGUGUUGCCACUGGAGAGCAGUGCCACAAUAGAGUGAUAUUUAAGCAACUCCUACAGGCGAACGCCCUGCAGUUUCUCCAGAUUGAUAGCUGCAGACUGGGAAGUGUCAAUGAAAACCUCUCAGUAUUACUGAUGGCCAAGAAGUUUGGAAUUCCUGUUUGCCCCCAUGCUGGUGGAGUUGGCCUCUGUGAACUGGUACAGCACUUAAUUAUAUUUGACUACAUAUCAAUCUCUGCGAGCCUUGAAAACAGGAUGUGUGAAUAUGUGGACCAUCUACAUGAACAUUUCAAGUAUCCUGUGAUAAUCAAGCAGGCUUCCUACAUGCCUCCUAAGGAUGCCGGCUACUCGACAGAAAUGAAGGAAGACUCUGUAAAGAAACACCAAUACCCAGAUGGAGAAGUCUGGAAGAAACUCCUUGCUGCUCAAGAAAACUAAGUGUUCAGCCCUAAUACGAUUUUUUUUCUUAAAUGAAAAAGUUUAAAAUUUCUUGAGUAGUUUUAUAAAAAUGGAAGAAAAAUCUUAUCCUACUAAUCAGGUUACACAAGAAUCAGCCCAGUGUUCAUUUCAAUUUGAUUUUUAAUCCUUAAACAAAUUUAGAUUUACCUAACCCAAAGUCCAGGAUGAUGUUCUUACUAAAAUUUCCAUCAAGUGCCAGUCUGUAGACAUUAAAUCAUACUUUGAAAAUAAGCAACACAUUGCAUAAUUUGUUGGAACAAUCCUUUAUUUGUUCUAUUUAACACUUGUCAUAAAUUAGCAGAAUAAAAAUAGUUCUCCAGCACUACAGGGGAUCUGUUAGUGCAGCAAAGGGAAAAUGAUUAGCUCUGAAGGGAUUUAGGAUCCCUUUUCUUAUCAGUCUAAACAUAUUAGAGAACCCAUACCAUACUAAAAUAAAUGGGGGCAAAAUGGUAUUUCAUAUAAUUAUUUUUAUAACCCUUAAACACCUCUAUCCUAAGUUGUGUUAUGUCUUAAUGUAAAAUGCAUCUAGGAUGAGAUGAAUCAUGGAAAAAGAGGGCAAAAUAUAGUUUAGUCAGCAUUUCUAAUACAUAUUCUCACCCCCUAAGCAGCAUCUAAACCUGAACCUAGCACACUUGCUUAGCUUAAGAGGGUGUGUUUGGGUAAAUCUCUCUUAGGCAGGCACUGAGCAUAUAAAUAGCAAUACAGAAUGAAAAAAAAAAAAAAAAAGACAAAUGCAAAUAGUUCUUUAUUAUAG